UAACUUUAUUCCACACACACCAUAUUUAUUUCAAAGUUAAUUUUCUCUCUCUUCACCAAAGAAAUCUGGAAAACUCUCAUUCUCAAACAAACCCUAGCCGCCGCCGCCACCCUCCUUCAGUGUGUCUCCGGCAGUCGUUACAUUGCUCCACCAUCUUCAUCCUCUCCUUUUCAUCUGUAAUUAUACUCUAUCAAAUUUCCCUACGACCAUCUUUUCGGCUAGAUCUUGACAUCCACGUACAAGCUUUUGAAAAUCCAUCACCAUAAAAAGAGUCCCCUCCAUCUUCUCUACAAAACCCAUUUAAAAAUAUCAGGAACGGACAACCUUCGCCGGUGACCACCACGCCGGAGCUUGCAACCACCGCGCCGGGAAAGAGCUUACGUGUUUUCAUCCCGAUCUGGGUCAGAAUUUUUACACAAACACUUAAAACUGGGCUGUUGUCUUCAUCAAGAAUCGGUGUUCAGAAUUGAUGGGUGGUGCGCGAAUGGGCAAAAUCAACUGCAACAACCGGUAUUCAUCUUCAAGCUCUAGGUGUAUUUUGGAGGACAAGGUUGAUGGAUAAAGUUGAUUGUGUAAGAAGUGAGCUUAGGUUGAUUAAGAUAUUGAUAUGAAUAUUUUGUUUGAUUGAGUUGUUUAAAAUGAUAUUGUAAUGUGCCAAGUCCAUGUAAUGUUGUAAUGAAAAUAGAUUGUCAAUGAAUGAACCAAACCUUUAUGUCAAAAUAUUUCAAUGAAAUUGGUCCUUGAAUUAUAUACAUAUCCAUCAUAUCGAUCCUCAAAUUAGUUUAAAUAUCAUCAAAUAGGUCUUUGAAUUUUCACAACAGAUAUCACUGUGAUCCUUGGUGCAUACAUUUGCUGAACAAAGUAAAAAGUAAAAGACAUGCACUUUGAUUAUAAAAAGACAGACAUUUUCAUAUUAUCAUAAGUCAUAUAUUUGAUGUUCAUAAGUCAUUACAUAGCCAAAAGAAUAACAUUAUAUAGCCAUCAAAUCAUUACAUAGCCAAAAGAAUAACAUUAUAUAGCCAUCAAGUCAUCAAAUCAUUUGAUGUUCUUAAGUGAUUACAUAUCCAAAAAAGCGUAAACUAAACAAGUCCAAAAAACAUUAAUUAAACUAGUCCAAAAACAUAAUUUAAACAUGCAUCAAUGCUAUAGAAAUCCUGGAGUUGGGAUAAACUCCAUGUAUUAGGGUUGAGUAGAAGCGGAUGACCCGUAAUUUGGAUUUGGAACUCUAAUAACUCCAAGAGCAGUUGGAUCUUGUGGAGCAGGACCCCUCAAUGGUGUUUGUUUAUGCAUGUCAUUUGAAAUCAUUGGUCCUCUCAUGCCAUAUCUCCUUGUACUCAUUAUCUGCAAAUAAAAUCAAUCAUAUGAGCCCUUAAAUUAUAACAAAAUCCAUCAAAUUAGUCCUCAAAUUAUGACAGUAAGUCUCAAAUCGAUCCAAGACAACACAGGUAAUAGAGGGGUAUAAUUGGAAACACAGGAAAAAAAUACUGAAAUGUUAAAUAUCGAAUUUUGACCAUUUCCAUCAAUUUAGUCCUUGUACACGUGGCUGACUUGCUGACACGUGUACAAGACAACAAGCAUGCAAGAAGCCACAUCAUCACUAUUAAUGGACCUUUUGGACGGAGGGACGAAUUUGUUGGACGUCUGUAAAAUUCAGGGACUAAUUUGAUUUUCGAAAAAUUCAGGGACGAAAUUGACCGAUUUUUCAAAAUUCAAGGACGAAUUUGAGGUAUUAGUCUUAUUUAAACCACUGCCAAUCCCAAUCUUUGUUCUACCAGCUGUUUUGCAAUUCUCCAUCGCGACCUAAGUGUGGCUAUGAAUAGAAAUAAGGAUUCAAUUACCCCCGCAAGUGAUACCAUGCAAAGAUGCAAUAAAGCAAAAGGAGAGGGAAAAGUUGCAUGGCCUACUAUCCGAAGCUGCAAUAAAGUAAAAGGGAAAGGAAAAUUUGAUGAUGCAAGUCAUGAACUUUGCCCUUACUUUGAUAAUUUUCCAUCUCAAUUAACUACCCACAUUCUCCUAAAGCUUCCCAUUAAGUCUCUUCUCAUAUGUAGAUGUGUGUGCAAAAUUUGGAAUACACUUAUAUCAGAACCACAUUUUGCUAAAUUGCAAUUUGAGCGAGCACCAGUUAGUUUCGUGAUUCGAAAUUUAGACAAUAUAGGAGUGUCAAGAAACCUAUACCUUCUUGAGUGUGAAGCUGAAAAGUUUGAGAUUGGAAGCAAAAAUCAUGUGAAGCUUGACCCUAUAUUCGAGCUUCCUCUUUGUAAAGACAUAUCAUCUAGGGACAAAAAUGACGCCAAAUUUUAUAAGGUGAUAAAAAAAAAAAAAUCCAAGAUACGUUAUUUUACUCUCACCUCAAGUAGGGACAAGUUUGGCAUUGUGAAUUCUUGCAAUGGCUUGCUUUGUUUAUCUGAAACAUCUAUCGGAAGCCCUUUAGUGAUUUGCAACCCAGUAACGAGGGAAUUUACAAUACUUCCUGAACUUACUACGACUUCUGACUGGUUUAACAGUGCUCGGGUACAAGCUGGUUUUGGUUUCCAACCCAAAACUAAUGAAUAUAAGGUGAUCAUAAUGUGGAACAAAUAUGUUAGACGAGACAAUCGUUUGGUGUUUGAGCGUGUAGUGCUCGAGAUACACACGCUCGGAACAUCAUCAUGGAGAAAUGUUGAAGUGGAUCCUCAAAUUUCUUUUUUGAAGCUUUUGAAUCCAACAUGUGUGAAUGGCGCACUUCAUUGGAUUAUAUUUGAAGCUUGGCAACAAAAGUCAAUAUUGUGUUUCAAUUUUGAAAGUGAGAGGUUGCAGUCGUUUCCUUCUCCUCCACAUGUGUUUGGAAAUCAUGAUAAUGGAUUUCCCCAUAGCAUGCCUAUUAGAUUGGGAGAAUUGAAGGGAUUUCUUUACAUUUGUCAUAGAUCGUCUCUCGAGAAUGUUACAAUGUGGGUUAUGAAUGAAUAUGGCAUUGGAGAAUCAUGGACUAUUGUUUACAACAUUGAUACUUCGCUCUUGUACAUUCCGGGCACUUGUGUGGGCUAUCCUUAUCCGUGGCGUUGUAGUUUUUAUUGGCUGUCUAAACACCACGAACCUGAGAAACAUGGGUUCAAAGUUUUUCGAAUUCAAGGGACAACAGAAGUUGAAGUAAUUGAAUAUAUUCCAAGUCUAAUAUCAUUGAACGAUGUCGUGAAAGGAGACAAUGUUGAAGCGUUGAACACCCACUCAUGGUGGGAAAACGAUAUUACAUGUGGAGAAAAUGAAGUUCUUUCCAUAUCUCAACAUAUUGUUUGAGACUUGGAAAGUACACGUUCUUCACCUGCACUUCUGGUGAAGAAUUUGGUGAAGAGCCUGCUUCCUAAUAAGAGAAAAUUUGGAAAUACAGAAGGCUGGGUAUGUUAUUAAAACGAAGUCAAUCAAUAUGCUGAAGAGAAUUUUUUGAGCUGGAGGAAACAUCCGCAAAGUUUCGGAGCCGUGGAGCUGCAUCAAAGAAUUUUUUUUGUAUGCUUUUGUUAAGUAAUUUUAAACCAAAUAAGGACUGAAUUCUUUGAUGGAUUGGUUACAUGAUGUUGUAUGCUUUUAAAGUUUGUUUUGAACUGCGAUGUAUUGCUGGUUCCUAAUAUGUUUUGUUUGAGUUAAUGUUGAACUCAGUAUACUUCUGUUUUGAACUGUGAUGAAUUGCUGGUUUCUAA